AUUGGUACCUUUUAUUUUCUUUUUCAUCUAAUUCUGUUUAGGUUUUGAGGGGUUUUGACAAAAGGCCCUGUUUUUGGGAUUUUUUGGAUUUGGGGGGGAAAAGGGGCAAAAAAUUGGUGAUGGAGGUCUUUCCAUGGCGGCUCUGCGAUUCAAAUUCCUCCAUCCACAGAGGCUGUCUCUAAAUGGGUUUUGGAGUUUGGACCUAUUUGAAGUAUGAAAGGACCUCAAGUUGUAGAGUCAGAUUGUGGUGGUUGAUUUCAAGUUGAUUUUGCUGUUUCUUGCAAAUAACAAAUCGAAGAAAGACGGAACUGGACACAGAAGGAAAUGGAGUGCAAUAAAGAUGAAGCCACCAGGGCAAAAGAAAUUGCUGAGAAGAAGUUUUCUGCAAAGGACAUUGCUGGUGCAAGGAAGUUUGCAUUGAAAGCUCAAAAUUUGUAUCCAACACUUGAUGGUCUUCCCCAAAUGCUGGCAACACUUGAUGUGUAUAUCUCUGCGGCAAAUAAAAUAAAUGGAGAAGCGGAUUGGUAUGGGAUUCUUGGUGUGGAUCCCUUGGCUGAUGAUGAGACUGUAAAAAAACAGUAUAGGAAGUUGGCUCUUAUGCUACAUCCUGAUAAGAACAAAUCUAUAGGGGCUGAUGGGGCUUUUAAGUUCAUUUCAGAGGCCUGGAGUUUGUUGUCUGACAAAACAAAGAGAACUGCAUAUGACCAAAGGAGGAAUUCAAAGGGAUUCCAACAAAAAAAUCCACCUCCUAGUGGGGCUCCAUCAUCACAACCUGGUGGAAAUGGUUUUUAUAAUUUUACUGGCAGUACGACUGCAAAUGCAAAACCUCCAAAGAGUACCAAUCGUUCAGGUCAUACAACAGCUCCUGCUUCAUCUCGUCCUUCCAAACCCAAUACUUUUUGGACUGCAUGCCAUCGUUGUAAAAUGCAGUAUGAAUACCUUAGGAUUUAUCUGAAUCACAACCUCCUUUGCCCCAAUUGCCAUGAGCCCUUUUUAGCUAUAGAGACAGCACCCCCACCGUCAAAUGGUUCUAAUUCAUCAACACCAUGGUCUUUCUCUCAGAAGUCUCAGAAUUCAAACCAUCAUUCAACAAACAAGAACACUUAUAAUUCAGGAAGAAAUUCUUCUGGUCAGAAUGUGGGAGCAGGGGGAUUUGCAGGUCCUGAUUUGUAUAACCAGAAGAAUUUUCAAUGGGCUCCAUUCUCUGGAACAACUGGUGUUGGGAGUUCUUCUGCCUCUGCUUCUACCACUGCUCAAGCUGCAAGCAUGGUUCAGCAGGCCUACGAGAGAGCAAAGAGAGAGCGUGAGGAGGCACAGGCAGUUGCUAGAAGAGAGGAGGCCCUUAGGAGGAAGAAUCAUGCUUCAAAAAGGAGUGGUAGUGGUUUGUCUACUGCAUUCUCUAAUUCUUCUUCUAAUAUUGCUUCCAAAGUAGAGAGGCCCGCGAAAAAAAGAAGAGGCACAGAUGACAAUAUUGGGAAUAGUUAUGGCACUGAUGCAGCAAAUCAGACGGGUACAGGAAAUGGAGGAGCUGGGAUAGGAAGUGCAUCAGGAUCCCGGCAUGGUAGCUUUGAAACAGAGAGGGUUAAUGGGGUUUCUUCUGUUAAUAAGCCUAAUGGUGUAAGAGAGUUGUCACAGCUGGAACUUCGAAAUAUGUUGAUGGAGAAGGCUCGAUUGGAAAUUCGCAAGAUAUUAAAUGAGUGGAGCUCAGCUGCUGCAGCCAAAGUUUCAGACAAAGAGAAAGAUAAGGAGAAAGAAAAAGAGGACAGUGAACAUGCUGCAUCAAAUGGUGAGAUGCGUGAUGAGAAUGUGUCUGCUAAGUCUUCAGAUAUCAAGAAAAAUGUCCAAGCUAAGAAGGAUGUUCCUGGCAGUGGUGCUGAUUCAAAUACAGAAGCCCUUGAGCCCAUGUCAAUCUCUGUACCUGAUCCUGAUUUUCAUGAUUUUGACAAGGAUAGGUCUGAAAGAUCCUUUGGAGAAAACCAGGUCUGGGCUGCAUAUGAUGAUGAUGAUGGGAUGCCUCGUUAUUAUGCCAUGAUUCAUAAUGUGAUAUCUUUGAAUCCAUUCAAGAUGAGGAUCAGUUGGCUGAACUCUAAAACCAAUAGUGAGCUAGGUCCACUAAAUUGGGUAGGUUGUGGUUUUUCCAAAACUUGUGGGGAUUUUAGGGUAGGGAGGUAUGAAGUCAACGAUUCCCUUAAUUCUUUCUCACAUAGGGUCAGGUGGGCCAAAGGUUUGCGAGGUUCUAUUCGAAUUUUUCCCAAGAAAGGUGAUGUUUGGGCCAUCUAUAGAAAUUGGUCCCCUGAUUGGAAUGAGCUUACCCCAGAUGAAGUGAUACACAAGUAUGACAUGGUGGAAGUGCUUGAUGAUUAUGAGGAGGAACAUGGCGUGGCUGUUACUCCUCUAGUUAAGGUUGCUGGUUUUAAGACAGUUUUCCACCGGCAUUUGGACCCUGGACAAGUCAAGACGAUUCCAAGAGAAGAGAUGUUCCGCUUCUCACAUCAGGUUCCUUCUUACUUGCUUACAGGUCAAGAAGCUCCAAAUGCCCCAAAGGGUUGCAGGGAGCUGGAUCCAGCUGCCACUCCUUUAGAACUGCUUCAGGUAAUAACAGAUGUUAGGGAAGAAGAGGAGGUGGAGGAUGCUGGAAAACCUAAGGAUGAAAAGAUGGAGUUUUCUGAAGAAAACAAGGGAAAGAUGACAGUGGAGGGUAACAAAGAUAAAGAAGAAGAGAGGAUGAAGAAUGCUAAAGAAAUGGAUGACAACAAGAUGAUGGGGAACAACAAAGAAGCUAAGGAAGAAAAAAUGGUGAAGAAUACUAAAGUACAAGCAGCUAGUUGACUUUUGGACCAUCUGGUCCUGGUUCAAAUAGGAUCAAUUGACUUAUAUGGCAUACAUUCGUGUCAGAUUUAUGCAACAUUUGUUGGGGUUUCUGUGGCUAUUUACUGUUGGUACAAAUUCCAUUUCCUUCAGAGUUGUGUGUAUGCUGUAAGCGCCAAAUCUAACCUCAGUUUUGACUGCAACUUGAAGAUAGUCAAGCUGGAAUUAUUUUGGUUGUUAAGAGUUCAGAUAACAUUUUCUCACUGGUAUCUUCUUUAACAACUCGAGUAUUCAAGGAUCUGUAAGUGAGCUCUGCAUUUGUUUCCUGCAAGAGCCAGUUUUUACCUGUAAGAACAAGUUAUCUCGGUUGCAGCUGAUCAAGCAUCUCUAUCUUUGAGCUGCCUCUUCCUAAUGUACCUUACAGUAUUUAACUCUUUCUAUUUUCUUUUUCUUAUUUUGGACAUUGAGGAAAUUGUAGCAUCUGUUUUUCUCUGUCUCAUGACUUAUAUUUUUGUUGGUUCUGACUGAAAAUCCAAAAGAAUGGUGUAGAAUAUAAUCUAUUCUGAUCUAAUGUUUGAUGCC